AGAGGGCGUUCCCGGCCAAUCCAGGGUGAGGAAGGCGGUCCUUAAUACCGUUAGUGUUUAGUAGUAGGAGUGAAGAGUAAAUACUUUUACAGUCAGUUCAGUCAGGAUGAGUCUACCUUCAGGAGUAGAUAUGUCAGCGUUGAUGUCUCAGCAUGCCGUGUUUCCGCCGGCGUUCUUCCUCAGGGCGAGCGAGCGGUACCAGAGGACGCCGAAAUGCGCCAGAUGCCGGAACCACGGUGUAGUUUCCGCAUUAAAGGGCCACAAACGGUAUUGCCGCUGGCGUGAUUGUGUCUGCGCAAAAUGUACGUUGAUCGCGGAAAGGCAGCGAGUGAUGGCCGCCCAGGUGGCACUGAGGCGGCAGCAGGCGCAAGAAGAGAGCGAAGCGAGGGAGCUCGGCCUCGUCUACACUACAGAACAGACUGCGGCGCAGCAACAGCAACAGCAACCCGCGCUACUCGCCCUUCCGCCGAUACCGCCGGCACCAAGCAGUCCCACUAGUCCCGGUGAGUGA